UAUAAUUUAAUUAUCGAAUAUCAAUACAGAGAGUUGAGUUUUUGGGGUGCAGGUGACACACGAAAAUUAUCCACUUUCGUGUGGCCGUGGGGUUUCGUUUAUCAUUGAAUUUCGAGCUGUCGCGGUAAAAUAAGGGCCGAAAAAAAAAAAUAUCCAUAAAAAAUCGGUUACUUAUAUUUAUUCAGUGAGACGUUUUAUGCGAUGAAAUUGAUGUACGCAGGCGCUGGAGGCGUCAGACGCCGACGCCGUCCUGGCACCCAGAGAACAAUUAUUCCAACUGGUAUGAGCGUCAGUGCGCUCGAGGUACUAUUGCCUCACGGGCCAUGAAAAUAGAGUCUUCAUUUUUUAAUUUAUUUUCAUUGUUUUUACCCCCAAUCCGAGGCAACUAAUCGAGUGAAACUGGCACGUGACACUGUCAUCAAUUCCUCCAGGAUUAUCAAUCAAACUCGUGUGACUUUUCCCAGAUUUUCAAGUGCUUCGAGUUACUUCCGGUGUAUUGAGGUGCAAGGUGCUUAAUCGACCGGUAUUUUUUUGAGUGGAAACGAAUAAUCAAAUGAUAAAAGCCCAAGAGAAAAUGACAGAGCAGUUGAGACACGAGUGCCUGCUGGAGAAAACGGCUCUUGUUUAAUUAGAGUCUAGAACGGGGGUAAUCAGGGUAAUUGGGGAUUAAUUGAUUGGUGUAUCUGUUGCACUCGAUGCAGAUCACGUGUGAGUUUGGAUGUCAACGAUUUAUUUGGGAAAUAGUAGUGGAAAAUCGUGGCAAUCGGUCGUGCAUGAAAUCGCAUGAACUUCUGUCAGUGGAUGGAGACGAAAGAGGAAUUAAAAUCUCGACAACUCGAAUUACAUCUGCCAGAGGAUUUUGACAUCGGAGGGAGAGUAGAGUUUGAAUGGAAUCUGGACAGUGAAAAAGUUCGGGUGAACUGUAAUUAUGGGGGAUUGCGAUGACGAUCCUAGGGGCCAGGAUUUUCAUGCUGCUCUUGUUUAGUUGUAAUUGAUUAUUUCAUGUAAAUUAUGCCGGGUAUCGUCGUUUUUAGGAGAAGAUGGAGCGUCGGGAGCGACGAUCUCGUUGUACCCGGUGUUUUUCUUCUCGUUCUUCAUCUCAUUUGGGUUGUGAUCCUGGGGGUUCUCCUGGGAAUAGCAGAAUGGGACAGGAGUGUAACGUGCGUUCUACUUCUCUGGGAGUACGUUCUCGGUUACCUCGGGAUAUUCAUCACCUCGAUGGCCAUCGAAGUGGCCAUUUGCAUCCUUGCAACACGUGGAAGCAUCCUCGAUACUGUUCCAAGGGCCCCUAUGCAGCAUCUUUUGUACAUUAAAGUGGUUUUAUUAUUAUUAGAAACCGGAUGGUUGUGCGCUGGUGUCACGUGGCUUGUGUAUUAUUACACGAAUUGUCCAGCAGCUCAAGCGAAGGAAGUUAUUCUAGGAUUAGUUAUUUGCAAUUGGUGUAUAUUGGCGUCGGUGAUGGUGACGGUGUGGUGUACUUAUGACGCCGCAGGAAGAUCCUGGGUGAAGAUGAAGAAAUACCAGAGGAGUAUGAGAGAGGCUGAGUCUCGGGGUGGAAGGAUGCACUACAAACGCAGUGGAAGUAGAAAUAGAAACUGGAGACAGCGGAAAGUUAUUAGAGCGUACCAGGACAGCUGGGAUAAUCGCUGUCGGAUGCUGUUUUGCUGCAUGGGAAAUUCUGACAGGAACAGAAAUUCCUUCGCUGAUAUAGCGAGACUCUUGAGCGAUUUCUUCCGUGAUCUGGACGUUGUACCAUCGGAUGUAGUGGCUGGUCUGGUUCUUCUCCGGAAAUUUCAAAAAAUCGAGAGAGAGUUGAUAGUGAAACAGAGAAAGAAUGACACUUACGAGUUUCUCUCUGGCGUUCCAAUAACCCCGAGGACAAAGUUCCUCUCCCUCACGGAGGACGGUGAUUUGGCACAUUUUCAAGACACCAUUCACUACAUGCACUUCGCCCUGGCAGCCUACGGUUGGCCAUUAUUUUUUAUCAAUCACACAACGGGCCUCUGCCAAUUGUGCACCAGAUUGCGAUGUGGUUGUUUACCCUGCAUAAAACACGAGGACGAUGCAAUAAUCGUGGAGGACAAUUGCUGCCAGUGUAACUACGCGGCACUUCGUCGAAUGGUUGAAAUUGGAGAGAUUGAAAUUAUUUACGCGACGUUUCACGUUGACGUGGGGGAGACUCCCUUCUUCGUGGCUCUUGAUUACACGAAGAGAAAAGUUGUCAUCAGUAUUCGUGGUACUCUCAGUAUGAAGGAUGUUCUCACGGAUCUCAAUGCUGAGGCUGAGGUGUUGCCUCUGAAUCCACCGAGAGAUGACUGGCUCGGGCACAAGGGGAUGGUUCAGGCUGCCGAGUACAUCAGGAAGAAAAUCUACGACGAGCAGAUCAUCUCCACGGCUUUUGCAAAGGAUUUAACGAGGGGAACGGAUCAAUUCGGUUUGACACUCGUGGGGCACUCGCUGGGUGCAGGAACUGCCUCGAUCCUGGCGAUACUUCUGAGACAGGAGUAUCCAGACCUCGUGUGCUACUCCUACGCACCCCCUGGAGGCCUUCUCAGCAUGCCAGCUCAGCAGUACACCCAGGAGUUCAUAACGUCAGUUGUAGUUGGCAAGGACGUCGUCCCCAGGAUUGGACUCAGACAGAUGGAGAGUCUCCGUGCCGAUCUGAUAAACGCCAUAAAACGCAGUGUCGAUCCCAAAUGGAAGACAAUUGCUUGCUCAGUGAUCUGCUGUGGAUGCGGAUCCACACCGACAUCAGCUGCUAAUUUGGAGGCCGGUGGAUGCAUUGCUGAGUACCAGAGGGAUAAGGAUCAGGCGAGGGCACAGGGAAUCGUUCCCAGUGACUCCAGCAUUGCCCUCACCCUUCACACUCCACUUUAUCCACCUGGCAGGAUCAUACACGUAGUCAGACAUCAUCAGAGCAAGGGAGAGCCGAAGUACGAGUCCAGGUGGAGGAAUUUCUUGAGAAAAAGAGAGCCGGUUUAUCAGGCACUCUGGGCUGGUCCUGGUGAUUUUGAUGAAGUCCUCAUCAGUCCGGUGAUGAUCCAGGACCACAUGCCAGAUACUAUGCUGAAGGCUCUUAAUAAGGUGUCAGCGGACAGGCAACAUUUUACUGAGAUUGGAGGAACCAGGGUGACUGACGACAGCUGUGACAGGAGGUGCGACGAUUCACCGAUUCCACUUCAGCAUCACCGUGACGCCGACGUCUAUGCCACCACACCCUCUUCCUGCCACGAUACCAGGUUCAAUCAUCCUCUCAGUUGGGAGUACACACAGAGGAUUGCACCUCUUGCGACACCAGAGACAAUGUCUGAGGCGAGCAAUCCACCGUCACCCUUGCCCCUCACCAGGCCCAUAAGGAGAACACCUAAAAUACCUGGCAAUCUUUCCACUGCUGCUGAUGAUUUCAGGAGUAAUUUGCACUUUGCCAUGCUCACUGUUAAGAAUUGUAGUUUCAGGGAUGAUAACCCUGGGGGUAGUAAUAGCAGUAGUGGAAAUAGUGAAGCUAGUUUCGAGACUGCCAGGAGCAACAGACAGCCACCACCACCUGUACCACGGAGGAGGGACUCUGUUAUUUUGACGAGGGAACACAACGUCUGUACAGCAGCCUGUUGUCGAGACGAUCACUCAGAGGUCUCGACCCCGUCCUCAUCUCACUCGGUCAUAAUAACUGAGACCUGCCACCGAGUCCAGAUUGAUUUUCCGUAUGCAGAGAGGGUGGCAUCCAACCUGGACAUCUAUGAGACCAAACGAGAGACACCCGACGUCUUCCUGAGCGUUAGAAAUUCCCCGGAGUGCAAACGCCUGAUGGCACCAGCAACAGAUCUUGGAGCUGAAUGGAAAAAACGUUUUGACACGAGCACUGGGAUCUCCGGUGAUGCCUCACUACCUCUGCUACGAGGUCUAUCCCCGAGCCCUGGGCACACCCAGCACACAUCACCCUUCUUCAACGCCAAGAGGAAGAAAUACGUCUAUCCUAUUACCCUGGUGGGCAGGGGCGAGAGCAGUGUCUAACGUUUUAAUUCUGUAAUCGAGUGGCAGAGGAUAACAAGUGCAUUUACUAAACGCAUAAAAAUUCCAAGAAUAUCUCCGAAUCUGACAGAGAUACAGAAAUUUUUGUAAUUGCCUUUUUUGAGGCUCUCAACGUACCCCACAAAAAAGGUUCUCAGACAAAUUUCGAUAUCUCUCGUUG